AUGCUCGCUUCCUCAAGAACAGCGCUGCGUCAAGCUGCGGCCAAACAGCUCUCCGCUAGAAGCUCCGUCCGCGCCGUCUCGGUCUGGUCGCAGGUGCCUCAGGGUCCUCCAGAUGCCAUUUUAGGUAUCACGGAAGCUUUCAAGGCCGACAGCAACCCAAAGAAGAUCAAUUUGGGUGUCGGUGCUUACCGCGAUGACAAGGGCAAGCCCUAUGUCUUGCCCUCCGUAAGGGAGGCCGAGAAGAAGAUUGUCGAGUCAUCCCUGGAUAAGGAGUAUGCCGGCAUCACUGGUGUUCCCAAAUUCACCGAGGCGGCUCUCAAGCUUGCCUACGGAUCCGACUCGACUCCCCUCACCGAGAACCGUGUCGCCGUCACGCAGACCAUCUCCGGUACCGGUGCGCUUCGCAUUGGUGGCGCCUUCCUCGAGCGUCACUACCCUCACGCGAAGACCAUCUACAUUCCCACCCCAUCAUGGGCAAACCACGCUGCCGUCUUCAAGGACUCUGGUCUCAAGGUCGAGAAGUAUCGCUACUACAACAAGGACACAAUCGGUCUCGACUUCGAUGGAAUGGUCGCAGACAUUAAGAAGAUGCCCAAGAACAGCAUCAUCUUGCUCCACGCAUGCGCCCACAACCCCACAGGUGUUGACCCUACGGAGCAGCAAUGGCUCAAGAUUGCUGAGGCUGUCAAGGAGGGCGGCCACUUCCCCUUCUUCGACAUGGCUUACCAAGGCUUUGCCAGCGGUGACACCGACAAGGAUGCUUUCGCGCUCCGUCACUUCAUCAAGCAGGGUCUCCGCCCCGUGCUUGCCCAGAGUUUCGCAAAGAACAUGGGUCUAUAUGGCGAGCGCGUUGGUGCUUUCUCCAUUGUCUGCGAGUCUGCCGAUGAGAAGAAGCGCGUCGACUCUCAGAUCAAGAUCCUCGUCCGCCCGCUAUACUCCAACCCUCCAGUGCACGGUGCUCGCAUCGCCUCCGAGAUCCUCAACAACGCCUCUCUCAACAAGCAAUGGCUGGGCGAGGUCAAGGACAUGGCUGACCGCAUCAUCACCAUGCGUGCUCUUCUCAAGGAGAACCUCGAGAAGUUGGGAAGCAAGCAGGACUGGAGCCACAUCACAUCGCAGAUUGGCAUGUUCGCGUACACCGGUCUGACCGCUGAACAGAUGGACAAGCUGGCCAAGGAGCACUCGGUCUAUGCCACCAAGGAUGGACGUAUUUCUGUUGCUGGUAUUACAAGCGAGAACGUUGGUCGUCUUGCCGAGGCCAUCUACAAGGUCAAGGGCUAA